AUGUCCAAUUUGUAUAAACGAUUUGCUUGUUUUUUUUGGUCGUUUGGCCGAGAUUUACAUUACGACGCAUUCCGAUAUCUCGUACCGCCAUGUUCACUUUUAUGGCCAGCAAUGGAAUGGAUAAUUCAAUGUGCCGCAUAUCGAGCUGUUAUAUAUGAAGAUUUACAUCCAUUGUGGGAAUAUUGUAAAAGAGUAGAUAAACGCCCAAUAGUCUUAAUUCCUCUAAUAAAUGCUUUGCCUCGUCUCUAUUUUGGUGAAUAUUCUUUGGAAGUUUGCAAAAUUGUAGUUUCUUCCGAAAUUGUAACAGGAGAAGAAUUAUGUGCUCUAGGCUCUAGAUUACUCGAAAUUGAUGUUCCUCGAGCUGCAAAGAAGCCGAUAUUGCGGUCAUCGUGGAAGUGUGUUCUCCGAUUAGGUUCAACGAAAGAAUAUUUGUCUUGUUGUGAUUAUUGGUGUCAAUUUGUUGUGCGACAUUUUACUAAAAAUGAACUUGAAGUUAUUCUUGAAAGUAUUUUUAGAAAAUUGCAGCAUGACAAGUAUGAAGUCCAUUUUGUUCAAUUACUCUCAAUUUGGUCAAACAUAUUUAAUCAAUCUAUUCAAAUUAAACCUUUACUUGAAUUGGAAAUUUUUUCAAAAUUCUUUGUAAUAUUUCGUGCUGCUCCAGCGUCAUUAAGAAUUGAAGCAGCCAAAGUUGUUUUGAAUGGAAUUGUGAAAAGGCAUUUAAUUGGGGAAUUUAAAAAUGUCAGUGAUGCUUAUCAGAUUUUUUCUGUUUGUCAACUUUUACAUGAUUCCUUGGAACUUAGCGCUCCUUUAGAACAAAUUAUAGAAAAUACAAAAUUAAUUUGUUUUGCAUUGGAUAGAAUAUCUUUACAAGUUGAAGACGAUCCAGAACAAUGUUUAAAUUUUUUGGUUGAUUGUAGAGCUAAUUUUCCAAAUUGGGAUUUAAUUCAACGUUGGACUAUUAAACAAGUGCAAUCAUUAACGUUGAAUAUUACAAGAAAAGUGAAGUUUUCGUCUUCUAGAGCGGCAUUUUUACAAGGAUGUUUGGCUAAUUUAUUUGUUAGCAUUCCAUCUUUGUCUGACCCUCUAGAUCGUAUUGAACUUUCUAUUCAAUCUGCUCAUAUUGCUUUGGUUGCUUUAGAUUUUAUUCACGUAGUUGCUUUUCUCAAUUUUUCAUUGGAACAAUUUACUCAUAUUCAAUCUUGUUCAUUUUUUGGUUCAAAAUUUUUACAAAUUGUAGCUCAAUUUCUUUCACUUUUAUUAAUUAUUCCGGAAAUGGAGGAUUAUGAAGAUGAAGAGGAAAAUAAUGAUGUUGAAAGCCGAGUAAUUCCUUUUAAAUAUUUUGAUUCUUUUCUGCAUUGGUUGAUUAGUUUUCAAUUCCAAGAAGAAGACUUUUCUUCAAAAAAUAUUUCAACAACAACUUUCCAUUCUAAUCGAAUUAUUUUAUUAAAUAAAUGUUUACAAUUUUUAUUUAUUUUAAAAACCCAACAACAGACAACACAAAAUAUUAAUAAUUUAAUUUCUAAUAAUAUUCAAAAGAUUGUUGAUUUAAUUGGAAAUGAAUUUGUUGGAAAGGAAAAUUUAAUGGACAAUGGUAUUUUUUUAAAUUUAGAUUUGCGGAGGUCAAUGUCCGCAACUUCUGUCUGCAAAAAAUUCUAA